AGCCAAAUCUUUGGUCUUGUUGGUGGUUCCCUGUGUUUUGGGGUUCAAAAUCUUGGUUAGGUAUUUGAGCUCUUACAAGGGUAGGAGAGAGAAUGAAAACUGGUAGACGAAGGAAGCUACAUUUCAGCAAGCUCUAUGCAUUCAGGCGUGUGAGAGGAGGUUUCAAAGAUGACCAUUCACAGAUUGGUGGACCAGGAUUUUCAAGGGUAGUUUAUUGCAAUGAAUCAAGUAGUUUUGAGGCCAGUACUCGAAAUUAUGCAGGCAAUUAUGUGAGGACUACAAAGUAUACUGCUGCAUCAUUCUUGCCCAAGUCUUUGUUUGAGCAGUUCAGAAGGGUGGCCAAUUUUUAUUUCCUUGUCAUUGGCUCCCUGGCCUUCACACCACUUGCUCCUUACACUGCUGUCAGUGCUAUUCUCCCUCUCAUUGUUGUUCUAGGGGCAACAAUGGUGAAGGAAGGAAUUGAAGACUGGCAACGAAAACUGCAGGACAUUGAGGUGAACAGUAGAAAGGUUAAAGUUCAUUGUGGCAAUGGAGUUUUUGACAAUUCUGAAUGGAGAAAUCUGAGAGUGGGUGACAUAGUGAAGGUGGAGAAGGAUGAAUUUUUUCCAGCAGACCUUCUUUUGCUUUCUUCCAGUUAUGAGGAUGCUAUUUGCUAUGUCGAGACCAUGAACCUUGAUGGGGAAACUAAUUUGAAACUAAAGCAGGCAGUGGAAGCAUCUUCAUUCUUAAAUGAGGACUCUAACUUCCGGGAUUUUAGAGCUGUUGUUAAAUGUGAAGAUCCAAAUGCAAAUUUGUAUUCUUUUGUUGGAAGUAUGGAAUUUGAAGAACAACAGCAUCCCCUCUCUCCUCAACAACUUCUCCUUAGAGACUCUAAACUCCGGAAUACGGAAUACAUAUAUGGGGCUGUUAUCUUCACUGGUCAUGACACAAAGGUAAUUCAGAAUUCCACUGAUCCCCCUUCAAAGAGAAGCAAAAUCGAGAGGAAAAUGGAUAAAAUUAUAUACUUAUUAUUUGGCAUCUUGUUUAUGAUGGCUUUUGUUGGAUCAAUUUACUUCGGUAUUGUGACUAGAGAUGACCUAGAUGGUGGUAGGAUGAAAAGGUGGUAUUUAAGACCCGACAGUGCUAAAGUUUUCUUUGAUCCCAAAAGAGCCCCAAUGGCUGCAAUAUAUCACUUCCUGACCGCCCUGCUGUUAUAUAGUUAUCUGAUCCCAAUCUCCUUGUAUAUGUCCAUAGAAAUUGUCAAAGUUAUUCAGAACAUCUUCAUCAAUCAAGAUCCUCAUAUGUACUAUGAGGAAACUGACAAACCAGCACGUGCCCGCACCUCUAAUUUAAAUGAGGAACUAGGUCAAGUGGACACAAUACUUUCUGACAAGACGGGUACAUUGACUUGCAAUUCCAUGGAAUUCAUAAAGUGCUCUGUGGCUGGGACAGCUUAUGGAUGUAGUGUCACAGAAGUUGAAAAGGCAGGAGCAAAAAGAAAUGGAUCUCUGUUAAUGGGAAAUGGUGGGGACGGUGCUGAGGAUUUUGCUGAGAAUAAUACAAAUUCACUCAUCAAAGGUUUCAAUUUUAAGGAUGAUAGAGUUAUGGGAGGGAAAUGGGUUAUGGAGCCCCAUUCAGAUGUCCUGCAGAAAUUCUUCCGUUUGUUGGCAAUCUGUCAUACAGCCCUACCUGAAAUUGAUGAAGGUACAGGGAAGGUAUCGUAUGAAGCUGAGUCACCAGAUGAGGCAGCUUUUGUGAUUGCAGCAAGAGAACUUGGCUUUGAAUUCUUCAAAAGGACACAAACAAACAUCUCAGUCAAUGAGUUGGAUCCUAUUUCUGGAAAAAAACUAGAAAGGUCGUAUAAACUUUUGAAUGUGUUAGAAUUUAACAGCACAAGAAAGAGGAUGUCUGUGAUAAUAAGAGAUGAAGAGGGAAAGCUAUUUCUGCUCUCUAAAGGUGCUGACAGUGUUAUGUUUCAACGGCUUGGAAAAAAUGGAAGGAAAUUUGAAGAGGAAACUAGGGGACAUGUGAAUGAGUAUGCUGAUGCUGGCUUGAGGACCCUGAUACUUGCUUACAGUGAACUCAAUGAGGAAAGAUACAAGGAGUUCAAUGAGAAAUUCACAGAGGCCAAGAACUCAGUAAGUGCUGAUAGGGAGACGAGGAUUGAUGAAGUGGCUGACAUGAUUGAGAAGGAUUUGAUUCUUCUUGGUGCAACGGCGGUCGAGGACAAACUACAACAUGGGGUGAGUUGGAAUGUUUUGGGAUGA